UCCCGUAAAGGGCAAGAGCUAAAUGGAAAAAAAAAUGUUUGUCAUUGAUGUUUUGGAUGUAAUAUCAGUGCACCAAGAAAUUUGGAAACAUUUUAGUUAUAAUUUUUAAUAUAAUAACCAUUAAAUGCUGUCAUAGGGAGAAUCCAUGGAAGGUCCUUGUCUGACCAUUAUUAAUAUGUUUAUUACAUUCCAGCCACCAAAACAUAAUUUUUCAGUUUCAGUUCAGUGAAUAGAUUUAAGGGGAGGUGGGGUGUCAUGGGGAAGAGAGAUUCUUAGGUAGGUUAACCAUAAAACUAUAGCCAAUUAAUGUUAGCAUAGCAUCUUUGUGCUAUUGCAUUAAAGUUUUGAUUCUUUCUAGGGGGCUGCUGGCUGCUUUAAGUGCUAGUCCAAACAAAAGCACUGCAUUGCAUCUCUUGUCACAAUGGAGGAAUUGUCAGGUUUUGCAGCCAUCUUCAUCUUACACCAUGCGAUCACAGAUGCAUUGGUUUCUCAGUCUGCACUCAGAUCUGUCAUUCAUGUGAAUGCUGUCAGAUGCUUUGGUACCUGCAACAAGUGCCAAGCUCGGCAAAAUGCAAACUUGAGAAAGACAUCACUUGUGUUGCCAUCAUUUUUGGCAGCAGAGAAUCAUCUAGGCAGAACAGCCCUAGUUGACCACAAUGAUCAGUACCUGUAUGAUGAUCUGCUUCACUUCAGCUUUAAAAUAUCAAUGGCUCUCAGUGAUCUCUGUGGAAAGGAUGGAAACAUGCUGAACCAUCAACGUGUGGGGUUGCUUUGUGAAAAUGAUGCCAGCUAUGUUGUUGCAAGCUGGGCAACUUGGAUGGCAAAUGGCAUCACUGUGCCGCUUGCUAAAACUCAUCCAGUUUCAGAACUGGAGUAUUUUAUCAAAGAUUCUGGCUGCUCUGUCCUUGUAGCCUCAAAGAGUUAUGCUGACAAAUUGUUGCCAUUGUCUUCUCAGCUUAACAUUCCAUUACAUGUUUUGAUGAGUGUGAUCUUAAAAAGGGAUUAUGCAGCUAAUGAAUGGUUUAUAUCAGAAAAGGCCACAACACCAAAGGCAAUUGGUAAAGUAAGAAAAACUCGCCCCAAAAGAUGGUUUGACUUGCAUCUUUUUAACAACGGAUUUAAAAAUGAUCCUGCUAUUAUUGUUUAUACUAGUGGCACCACAGGACCUCCAAAGGGUGUGGUUCUUACCCAUGGAAAUCUUUCUGCCAUGAUCGAUGCAAUGACGUCAGCUUGGGCCUGGUCAUCAGGGGAUGUGAUUCUGCAUGUUCUGCCACUACAUCAUGUCCAUGGAAUAAUCAAUGCCUUGUUGACACCACUUUGCACUGGGGCUACCUGUCUAAUGCUGCCCAAAUUUGACCCACAUAAGGUUUGGAGCUCUCUGGUUAAUCCCCUCAACAUUACAGGGGGUGUGCGAGUUAACCUGUUUAUGGCUGUACCCACCAUCUAUGUGAAGCUGAUUCAGCACUAUGAGACAGAACUUCACAGGGGUAGAGGAUCAAGACUAAUGUCAGAAUAUAUCAAGUCUGUUUGCAAGGAACGCAUCAGGCUGAUGGUGAGUGGUUCAGCACCACUUACGCAGUCAGUGCUGGAGAAAUGGGAAGUUAUUACUGGCCACAGACUUCUAGAGCGAUAUGGAAUGUCAGAAAUUGGCAUGGCACUAACCAGUCCUCUUGACGGCCCUCGGAUACCAGGUACUGUGGGAAAGCCGUUUCCUUCUGUUGAAGUUUGUAUUUCAAAGCCAAACGUUUAUGCAAAAUAUGGCUAUGAUGUUUUGGCAACUGGCAAUUCAAAGCGGACUGUUGUACAGCCUGGCUAUGAAGGGGAGGCAGGCGAACUGCUGGUAAAAGGUCCAAGCGUUUUUCAUCGUUACUGGAACCGCCCAGAAGCUACACAGGAUGCCUUCACGCCUGAUGGUUGGUUCAAGACUGGUGACACUGUUGCAGUAGAAAAUGGGGUAUACAAGAUCCUUGGGCGAUCUUCUGUGGAUAUCAUCAAAAGUGGUGGUUACAAAAUCAGUGCUCUGGAUAUAGAGCGCCAUCUGAUGUGCCACCCUGCAAUUCUUGACUGUGCCAUCGUUGGGCUUCCUGACAUUACCUGGGGACAGCGGGUUGCAGCUGCUGUUGUGCUGAAGGAAGCAGGCACCCUAACUCUUGAUAAACUGAAGAUCUGGGCUCAAGAUGUGUUACCCUCUUACCAGAUUCCUUCAAUUCUUCGCUGUCUUCCCAGCAUACCUCGCAAUGCUCUUGGGAAAGUGAACAAGAAAGAACUUGUAACAGCAGUCUUUCCAGAAUUCUUAAAGCAACGUUAAACAGAUGUGCUUUUAUGCAGAUGUCCUAAACUAUUGAAGGUA